UGGCACUGUAGCCAAUGAAGUUGACAGUUUAAUCAUUUUGGUUACCAAACGUUUCGAUGUAGUAUAAAGUGAGCUCCAUAUCCAACCCGUGAUGAAUUGUUGAUCUUUUCGCGUCACCGUUUUAAGUGUAGGCUUUAUCGCGAAACUGUUUAGGCUGAAACAGGUUAAAGUCGCUCAAACAGCGGGGGGUGAGGCUACGCGUGUGACGCUCGUGACAGCGCGAGCUGCGACGCUCCGGGCUCGAGACAGAGCUUCAGUCCCAGAGCGCGGCCAGAGACACCGGCGACUGUGCACUUUAUUCCCACCGUGCCGGUGUUUCCCUCUGCAGCCCGUCCGCUUGCUCCGAGCCAACUCCGCGGAACAGCGUCGUUUUCCGCGCGAGGGGCAAAUGCUCGCGCUCGGGUUCUAGCGACGUCGAAACGUUCUACACCGGGCGAGGAAUGCCAUCUGAGCUCGCGCAUCAAUGUUUCACUGGGGCAAGUGGAAGAAAAGGAUGGGAGCGAAUAGUUCUUCUAAGAGGCCGGUGUUCGACGAGAAAGAGGACGUGAAUUUUGAUCACUUCCAGAUUCUCCGAGCCAUUGGGAAGGGCAGUUUUGGGAAGGUGUGUAUUGUGCAGAAGCGGGACACAGAGAAGAUGUACGCCAUGAAGUACAUGAACAAACAGCAGUGCAUAGAGCGAGAUGAGGUCCGAAACGUCUUUAGAGAGCUAGAGAUUCUACAGGACAUUGAACAUGUUUUUUUAGUCAACCUCUGGUACUCGUUCCAGGACGAGGAGGACAUGUUCAUGGUGGUGGACCUCCUGCUGGGGGGGGACCUGCGUUACCACUUGCAGCAGAACGUCCAGUUCACUGAGGAGGCGGUGAAGCUCUACCUGUGCGAGAUGACCCUUGCACUGGACCACCUGCAGAGCCAGCACAUCAUACACAGGGACAUCAAGCCUGAUAAUAUCCUGCUGGAUGAACAAGGUCACGCCCACCUCACUGACUUCAACAUUGCUACGAUUAUCAAAGACGGUGAGAGGGCGACAGCUCUGGCAGGAACCAAGCCUUAUAUGGCUCCGGAAAUCUUCCAGUCUUUCGUGAGUGGGGGAACUGGCUAUGCGUUUGAAGUAGACUGGUGGUCUCUAGGGGUGACCAUUUUCGAAGUCCUGCGGGGCUGGAGGCCAUAUGAGAUCCAUGCAAGUAACUCAGUGGAGUGUCUAAUGCAGCUCUUCAGCACGGUCAGCGUGCAGUACUGCUCUUCCUGGCACAAAGACCUCGUCUCCCUCCUGCGCAAGCUGUUGACAGUAAACCCAGAACACCGCUUCUGCAGUCUGGCUCAAAUGCAGACGGCUCCUUACCUCUCAGACGUCAACUGGGACGCCGUGUACGAGAAGAAGAUGGAGCCCGGAUUCGUUCCAAACAAAGGUCGUCUGCAUUGCGACCCUACUUUCGAGCUGGAAGAGAUGAUCUUAGAGUCUCGUCCACUGCAUAAGAAGAAAAAGCGUCUGGCCAAAAACAGGUCCAGAGACAACAGCAAGGAUUCCCAGUCUGAGAAUGACUACCUCCAGGAGUGCCUUGAGGUGGUGCAGCAGGAGUUCAUGAUCUUCAACCGAGAGAAACUGAAGAGGAGACGGGAGGACGGCUGCAUGGCGGGCGAGGGCGAGGGGGCCGAGGCACGGGGGGAGGGGGACGGGGAGGGAGACCCUGACAGGGAGGGCGACGAGGCAGAGGGUGGCACAGAGGACGAGGAAACCGAAGCGGAACCCGAGACCUCCAAACUGAGCAUGUGCGGCUCGGUCUGCUCGUCCCCGGGCAGCUCCUAGCGGCGUGGGAGCGGCGCCUCCCUGCAGGUCUCUCGGGCCUCGGUGUGCUCAGCAUGCCUCGACAGCCUUCGGCGUGGCCUCCUAACCGCACACCGCCCAGAGAAAGGCCCCGCGUGGCUCCGUUCUCCUCCCCAGUAGCAUUCACCACGGUGCAUUCUGGGUAAGGCCUGCCUGAGCCACCCCCCACCCCUCACCAUGGCCCCUAGAGUAAGCUCCAACUUCUAUGCAACAUAAUUGUACAGCAUGAUGUAAAGUAGACAUUUUAGAGGUAACCAAUCACGCUGCGUCUGCCUGAGGAAGCAUAGCAACACCCAGAGGAACAGGACUCUAGUGCAAACACGCCCACGUGACGCGGCCGGGCGGGCGGCGAGCGCAGACGCUGCUCCUGUGCCAAGAGCGCUACAUUACUGAAUAGGUGAAAGCACGGAACUUUUACACUAGCUUAUGUUUGCUCUCACAGCUGCUAAAAACAAACUGGUUUAGCGUUCGUUUCAUUACUAUAGCGGCAAUAGCUUUUUUAAAAGGUAGGAGAGAUCACUGGCGGUUGGAAAAGACGACGUCACGGCAGUCAUGUCCUGAAAGUUGGUGAAAAAGGUCCAUACUACGUCUCAAGCAAAUGUGGUUCUUGUUGCAAGUAAAUAUUUACAAAGAGUCUAACCUCAGUGCUUAAGAGUCACUUUUUUAAGCUUAAGUCAGUAACUGUUACGGUGUUAAUGUGAAUGGCUUGUUUUCCGUAUCUCUGUCUUUAUAGACUAGCUGCUUGUGGCUAGCACCCGGUGGUGAGCUAUUGCCAUGUGGCUCUGUGUUUCUCUCUCUGACUGUUAGCGCUCUUAAGGUGCCCUUUUCCUGGAGGGUUUGGUGUUCUGCUGUAGAGAGUCUGCCACAGUGUGUUGUCAUCAUGUGCUCUCUUCCAUAUCUGCUACCUAAGAACUACUGCUACUGUUCACUCCACAGGGGGAGUAGGCUUCAUUUACCCCUAUAGGACACCAUUUUAAGAUUCUAUUUGAUUAAGUUAAUUGACAGUAAUCUGACUAGUAGCAUUUUGAGUGAUAUUUGGGGAUAUUUCUGGUUUGGGGUUAAGCACUCCCCUUAGUGGACAAGGUGGGGCUUUUCUGUAGAGUAGCAUUGUUUCAGUAGUUUAUGAAUAUGAUAGUGGUUGUUUUAAGGUGAUACCAUCUAUCUCAGUUGUGACGUGGGAACAUGUAGCAUUCUCCACCUUAAACUCUAUUGUCUAAUUAUGUAAAACGUGUACAUAGCUCAAAGCAGAAUCUUUUUUCCACAGUUUUAUGUGGGUGCGCUUUCCUAACUUAAACAAGUAUAUUCAAGAACAGAUUAAAACUAAAACUAAACUAAACUGGUAAUAAAAGGAAAGCCGGUUGUGUGAAGCUGUGUCUUCAUGCAGUGACAUUUCUCUUCUGUUUCCAAGUGUGCAGGCACAACUUGUAGGCAAAAACGCCAAAGCUUUUGUACCGUUUCCAUAGCCAUUUCUAAUUAAAAAUGAGUGCCUGUGUGUGUGUAAUUGUUUGUGUGUGGGUGUGUGAGUGUGCGUGCGUGCAUGCGUCCUUGCAUGUGCGUG